AUGCUUCCAGGACCACACUACGACUUCUACAGCGAGAAGAAACUGAGUCUCGUUUUGGCACCAUUUUCUGGCGGUCAAUGCAAAGCCGGAACUGAAGAUGGCCCUAAAUACAUGCUCAGACACGGACUGGCACACGAGCUCCAGGAACUGGGCUGGAACGUGAACAUCCAAGAACCGCUUGCUGGGGUCGACCACCAAAGACGCACCGAGGAAGACACCUCAGACGUUUACAAAAAUCUGAAGAAACCUCAACUCGUGGGUGAGGCCACUGAAAAAAUCAAAGACGCCGUCCAGGGAGCGCUCCGUCGCGGCGAGAUGCCCGUCACUCUCGGUGGCGACCAUUCCAUCUCCAUGGGCACUGUAGCAGGUGUUUUCAGCGAGCAUCCUGACGCGUGUCUGCUCUGGAUCGACGCCCACGCUGACAUCAACACAACCUCCACCUCGUCCUCUGGAAACCUGCACGGAUGUCCGGUGUCGUUUGUGAUGGGCUUGGACCCUGAGAAUACCCCUCCUGCGCUCAAAUGGGUACCAAAAUGUCUCAAGCCCAACAAGAUCGCUUACAUCGGCCUCAGAGACGUGGACGACGCCGAAAAAAAGAUCCUCAAGGAAAACAACAUCAAGGCAUACUCCAUGUACCACGUGGACCGCUACGGCCUCAACGCCGUUAUCGAAAUGGCUCUGCAGGCCAUCAACCCAGACGGCACUAGCCCAAUCCACUUGUCUUACGACGUAGACGCUGUGGACCCUCUAUUUGUGCCUGCCACUGGUACACCUGUCAGAGGUGGUUUGACCUUGAGGGAGAGUUUGUUUUUGAGCGAGAGAAUCGCUGAAACCGGCAGACUUGUAGCCCUCGAUGUCAUGGAGUGUAACCCAUCACUUGCUAUUCACGAUCUUCAUGUCAUUGACACCAUUUCUGCCGGUUGCGCCAUCGCCAGAUGUGCGCUUGGCGAAACUCUAUUGUGA